ACCCCCUCGGCGCCCCGGAGACCCCGGAUCCCCGGCGCGACCGCCCCGCAGCCUCGCAGCAGCUGAUGGCGCCGCAGCCCGGGCGGGCGCUGCGGAACCCGAGGCGCAGCUAGCGCAGGGGGGAAGAGCGCCUCUCCCCACCUAACCCAGCCCCGAGCCAGGGCCCCGCCGGCCCGUGGCUCCCUCAGGUCCCCAAGGUGCGGCCUGGGCCUGGGUUGCCAUGGAUACCGUGUCCCUAGAGCAUCAGAUCCAGAGCGUGCAGCGCCACAUCAGCUUCCUGAAAAAGGAGCAGAUGGCCCUGCUGCGAGAUCUGCACCUGGAGAUCCUGAGGCUACAGAAACGCUGCUCAGAACUGACCCAUGACCUGGAGAUGAGAGAGGUGCAAUCUCACCAACAAGAGGCGGAGUCCCGGGAGCUGGAGACCAAGUGCCGAGCCCUGGAGUCGCAGCUGCAGGCGCGGGCAGCGGCCAAUGCCGAACUGCGGCGGGAGGUGGCGCAACGCGAGGCGCUAGUAGCCGCGCUGCGCUGCAGCCUGCGCGCCGAGGAGCGCCGCUUCCUGGAGGAGCUGCGCCGCCGCAGCCACCGUGCCACCGUGCUGGGCACCGAGCUGCAGAAGCACACCGAGGCGGCCGCCUACCUCUCCUGCCAGCUGCACGCGGCGCGCCAGAGACUGCAGGCCCCACGCCCGGGAUCGGGCGCCGCCGCCGAGCCCCGGCCCCGCCGGCGCGUACAGCGGGCCCGCCGUCCGCCCGCCGCCGAUGCCGCCGCCAAGGGCCCGGGCCGGGACUGGGUCGCCUGGGACCGCGCGGCCGGCGCCCUGGACGACGCCGACCCCAUGCCCGACCCCGCGCUCUUUCUCCGCGCCCGGAGGUCCCCACGGCCCAGCGGCCGCAGCCAGCGCCAGCCCCCUCCCCAGGAGCCCCCGGACCUCGCCGGCCGGCAGCCCGGGCCCUGCCGGAGCUCGCCCGCCGCGCCCAGCCCGCCCAGUGCGUCCGGGGACCCGGAGUAGCCGCGCGGCUUGGGGGGGCUGGGGAGGGUGAAGCGGGGAGGAUAAUCCGCCCGGACCCCGCUAGGGACGCAGCUCCGGCCCCGCAAGCAGUCCCCGGCGUCUGAGGGCAGUCGGCCCCUCCUCCUCCUCCUCCUCCUGGGUGCGGGCGGAGGCAGCCCCAACUCCUCCCACCCCUCGAACCACGCCCGCCUUUUGUAUUUCCCAACGUUUCCGAAGCUUCGAGCUCUCCCUUCUGCAAGGGAGCUCCUUCGCGGGACAGAGCAAUUUUACCUUUUUUUGUGGAGAGGACUCGCAGUACCGAUCGUUAUCUGGUCCCCGUCCCGCCACGGGAAAACUGACAAUCGUUAGCCGGGAAGGGGAAGGCGGGGCCGGCCCACGGAGAGGAACGCAGAAUGACACUUGCACCCCUAGGUCUCUCAAGCCCUCCUCCCGGCCUCCCCCAGACCCACACGGCCGCCCUUCCCGCCCAGCCUUCCUCCUCCGGUGGAGAGGCCGGCGGGAGCUAGAGCUGGACCCUUUACUCCGAAGCCGCCUCCCCACCCCCACCCCUACCCCGGACCCCAGUGACAGGUCCUUGCAAAUGAGCACCAAACACUUUAGAAGACGCCCCAGAGCCCCUGCUGGAGAACGUUCAGCCUGAUAAAAAUUUGAACUGGAAGGCAGCAUCCUAGAGUCUUAAAGUGGAUGACAAAAUGGGUUUGCUGGCUGAAUUGGUCUAGAAUUCUGUCUCCAUUCAGUUUUCCCCUAGGGCCCUACCCUAAGUAUGCAGGAAACUAGUAGCUGGGGAGAGUGGAAGGAACUGAGGUGAGCCGAGCUGGCAGGCUUGGCACUCACCAGGAACUGGCUUUCACCUUUAGCAGUUGAGCCAAGAUCCUUGGGGCUGCCCUGGGAGAUUCUCUGGUCCUGAUGAUGGUGCUAAUUUUGCCCAGUUUCUUAAUUAGCUGGCUGCACCCAGAGGCGGAAGAAGGAGGGUGUGGUUUCUUGGAAGUGGCAGUUUAUUGAUAGAGGUUUGGGUUGGGUGUGAGCAGGCACAGAUUAGAUCCCAGCCUUUCCUCCACUCUGGGAGUCCUAUCAGAGCCUGCUGGUGGUGGGGCCUCCUGUUUCUGUCUGGCUUGGGGAGUGGGAAAACGAAAGGAGGACUCCCCCACCUCCUAACUCCCUUGCACCUCACCUCCCCAUCCACUACCAAAUGCAGGAAGAACAGCUCUGGUCCAGCUCAGUGCCCUGCACCCCAAGCCCAGCCUGGAAAGACAGACAAAUGCCUACCGCCCCCAGGCCAUCCCUCUUCUGUUGGUCCUGGGUCUAUCCCUAAGUGCCUGUGAGGUCUUCCAGGGCCUGCUGAGGGAGGAAGUGGGGCAGGGAGAGACCUUCAUCUCACUCACAAGCACCCCAUCCCUGGCAGGUCCUGACCUGGCCUCGGCCGAGCGUCCAAUGUGUUUGUCGCAGGGAUGGGGGGUGAGCGGUCAGUCCCUAGGGGAGAUGACCCGUUCUCCCAUACAGCCCAGUGGAGAAGAGGGGGAGAAUGCAAGUCAUAUCCUCCUUCACCCUGCAUGUGGGAGGCAGGGAGAAAUUGGUGCGAACCAGGAACAGUAAGCACACGCCCAACCCUAUCGAGCACGCAGCUCCCCUCCCCCAGCUGACCACCCCUCCUCCCCACCAGGACCACUGAGACACUGAGCAAUAACCAGGCCUGGUCCAGGGGUGUCCAACUAUUGGGAUUCAGAUGGCCAAGAUGGGGGCACCCUGGGGACAGUGUUCUCCAGUCUAACUUGGGCCACAGCUGUGACCUGGAGUCCUUGCCCUCACCCCCCCACCCCAAUUCUCUGGAUGUGCCUCCACCGUCUUGUCUAUGUCUCUCCCCAUAAACCUCCUUCUGUCACCCUACCUUCCAGAAUCUGUCGUGUGAAUAGGUCUCUUUCCCCUCUUUUGGCUGCAAUCACUUGAAGGAGCUCAGAGGACUAUGGGAAGGGAGGUAAAGGGUCUCUUUCCAGAGGACCCCGCACGGACUCUCAUCUCCCGUAACCAUACUAUUGAGGUGAUCAGGGUGACUUGGUGAUGUCAUUUCUAUUGCAGAGAUGAUGAGGUACUUUAUCCAACCACCCACUAAAAGCCAUAGCUAUGCCCGCCUGGACCCCCCCCCCCCCCAAUUCUAUAGCUGUAGCCUCUUCCCCCUUCCCUCCUGGGUCCCCAGUGUCCAGCUGGAGACCCCCCACCACAUCCCUGCCCCAGGGAUCCUCCAGUGGCCUGCUUGCCACUCCCCAGGUAACCCCAUCAACACCUCCCAACUCAGGUCCCUCUUCCAACAACCAGGAAUAACGACUCUUACUUGUUUGUAGCGUGCUUGGAGAUCCCCCAUGAAACCUUCUGAGUGCUGGGGCGGCUGGUUGGCUGAAUCUCACUUGAGAUUCUUGGUGGGCCUAGGAAAGAAAUAACACAAGCUGGGGAGGGGCCAAGGCAGAUAAAGUGUUCCAGUCUUAACAGAAAUGUCCCUCUCCUCCACCGUUUCCUGGAAAUAAUGGAAUAAAGACUCCCCGCAACCUGCCGGCCCCCAGUUUGGAAUGGAAUUCUCAGUGCAGUGCAACUGGGAGCUGGAGUCAGUGUCCUGCCCUUGGCUCAGACAUCCUCCGCCUCAGGGCCUGAGAGCCACCCUGCCUUCAGCUUCUGGUCAUCUCCCUCCCCCAGCCCAGCCUGGGGGACCCACCUAGCCAAAGGAAAACCAACAGCUCCUGGAAUGUCUGGAUGUUGGGGUUACUAGGAAGGGACAGGAUUGCUUUCCCUUCUGUCCCUUUCUCCUCUCCCCUCUUUGCUGCACAAAUCCCCAAGCUGGGGAGGGAAAGUGUGUGUGUGUUGACACGGACACUCAGAGGCCCGAGUUGGAGUUCCAGCUCCAGUCCAAGUGUGGACAGACCCAGGAAGGAGAGCAGCAGGUGGGGGGCCCUCCAACCAUGAUCUGGGAGCCAGGCAGGGGACCAGUGGGCAGUGCACUGCAGUGUGAAGCUCUGUACCCCUGUCCCCAAUAUCCCACCCGUGGUGACCUUCAGUUUGGGCCUUCCCCAUCCCAACAGCAGACCAGAGGCCUCCUUGGUGGAGAGUUAGGAGGCCACAUUGGUGUGGAGCAGCAACUCCCUAGUGCGGACAGCCCAGGGGAUCUCUCUUGCUGGGCUGCCAGCCUUGAAUGGAGACCUUGCGGGGCUUCAAGACCACCCCAUAGGCAGGGCAGAGGGAUCCUGCUCCAAAUACUUUAUUGGCUGCGCUUUUUAAUCCAAUGCUUUUCAGAGUAUAUUCACUCACCCACAGAAAUA